CAAAACACAGCAUAAUACAGUUUCCAUCGCCGCGCGCUCGUGUGAUUUUCGUAGUUCUUCCGAUCAUCGCUGCAAUAAAACUAUGUCUGGUACAAUUUUCCAAUCAACGUUCAAGAUCAGUACCAAAGUAUCUAAUAUGGAAAGUUCAAUAUCAAUUAAUACAUCCAUACAACAACAUUUAUGAUCCAAGAUUCCUUCGCGUUCAUCACUUAAGAAAAUGGACGCGAAACAGAAGGGUAUCCUCAUUGAUCAUAGGAUCCCUUCUACUGAUACGGAUCAAGAAUAUUUGGAACAGUAUCAAGGCAAAAUAGUAGACAGUCAAAAUCGUCAGCUUCUACCAUUACAAGAAGAUUUAGCAGACUGGAUCAAUAAAUCUUUGGAUAUCGAUUGGUUAAAUGCGAUUAAUCUUUUGGAUAUGUUGGACAAUGGUGUCAUACUGUGUCGCUUAGCAAAGACAAUCGAGUGCUUAGCACAUGAGUCUAUACUUAUGGGACAUUAUAAAGGCGAGUUACCGACAAUAUCUUCACGUUGUUUUGAGUCGGCAGCAAGGCACAGUUUUUUCUCAAGAGACAAUACGGAAAAAUUUAUUCAAUUUUGUCGUCGGCUUGGUGUUCACCAACACCUCCUGUUUGAAAGUGACGAUCUAGUUUUGCAGAACAAACCUCGUAAUGUUGUAUUGUGCCUCAUGGAAGUGUCCCGCUUGGCUUCUCGUUUUGGUCUGGAACCACCGGGCUUGGUGCAAAUGGAAAAAGAAAUCGACGCCGAAGAAGCCAGAGAGCAGAACGGUGGUCCCGAUACAAAAAUUAUAUCUACUCCUAACAUUAGACAUCGCUCAACCAGCGCAAUACCAAUGGCUAUCAGAUCGGUGAGCAAAUUGAGGAGAACCGAGAGCCUCGGAGCAACAUCUAUGGUUACUUUGAAAUCGGAAUCGGACACUACAGACGACGAUUAUACGAUCGAAGGCGGCAAUAAAUUCAGUGAACUUGAUUACAAAGUGAAACAAGCUAGUCGACAAGCUCUCGCGCAGUGUCGCUGUCAAGGGAAAAAAUUGAAAUUGAAAAAAAUAGGAGAAGGAAGAUACAACAUACAUGGCCGGAAUGUUUUUAUAAGGUUGUUAAAAGGAACGCACAUGAUGGUUCGCGUUGGAGGUGGGUGGGACACGUUGGAAAACUUCUUAACCCGUCACGACCCUUGUCAAACUCCUGGCCGUCCAAAUGUCCGGGUUCCGCCGCCUACCAAUCAUCGGACGCCGUCACCGGCGCCGCCAAAUAGUCGGGUCCAGUCACCGUCACAACGCAAGUCGUCCAUUCCCAGAUAUCUUGGGUCAAAGUUUAACUCGUCAAACGCAUUCAAAACGCUGCCUGAAUCCGCACUUUUAGCACGCUAAUGUUUUCCUAUACCUAGUUACGUUGUACAUCAAUUAAAUAAAUAUUUUAUUAUUAUUA